AUGAAUCUCCUCAAGACUGGCACCUGGAGAAGCAACGUUGCCUCUUCCUGGCUCAUGACAUUCAGUUUUCUUUGGCUGCUUAGCCAGCACUGUUGCAGAGCCAGUGCUGUUUGGACUGCUUACAUGAACAUAUCUUUUCAUGUCGGGAAUCGCAUGUUGUCAGAGUUGGGAGAGACCGGAGUAUUUGGGAGAAGCUCCGCUUUGAAGACGGUGGCGGGAGUUAUUGUGCCGCCACAGGGAAAAACGCAAAAUGCAUGCAACCCCAGUACCGUUUUCAGCAAACCGAAGAACUCAGAGACGUGGCUCGCACUGGUUGAACGGGGAGGUUGCACCUUCACACAGAAGAUCAAGGUGGCCGUGGAAAAGGGAGCCAGUGGAGUCAUCAUCUACAACUUCCCAGGAACUGGCAAUCAGGUCUUUCCCAUGUCUCAUCAGACCUUUGAAGACGUCGUUGUGGUCAUGAUUGGUAACUUAAAAGGCAUGGAGAUUUUGCAUUUAAUUCGGAAGGGAGUUCACGUCACAGUCAUGAUUGAGGUGGGAAGAAAACACAUCAUCUGGAUGAGUCAUUAUUUUGUCUCUUUUGUGAUCGUCACAACUGCUACUUUAGCAUAUUUCAUCUUUUAUCAUAUUCGAAGACUUUGGGUAGCAAGGAUUCAGAGCAGAAGAUGGCAGCGGUUAACUACUGAUCUCAAGAAAGCCUUCGGCCAGCUUCAACUUCGGGUCCUGAAAGAGGGAGACGACGAGGUCGGUCCCAAUGGCGAUAGCUGUGUGGUUUGCUUUGAACUCUAUAAGCCUAAUGAUACCGUUCGUAUUCUGACUUGUAAACACUUUUUCCACAAGAAUUGCAUUGACCCCUGGGUUCUAGCCCACGGGACGUGCCCCAUGUGCAAAUGUGACAUUCUUAAAGCUCUGGGGAUUCAAGUGGAUGUUGAAGAUGGAACAGAAUCUUUGCAAAUCCUCAUGUCGAGUGAACUGCCUGGUCUCUUGUCACCUAGGGAGGAAGGCCCUGGUAAUGAACCUCCUCCUGCAGGAAGGUUGGAUAAAGUGACCCACGUGGAGGUGGAGGCCCAGCCUGCCUCUCAGACUGCCGGCCAGGCCGAAUCGGUAUCAGCAGAUGUUCAUCCUCCACCGUGACAACCUGGCAUGACCUUCG